AUGACGAGAAUGGAUAAACGCCAGAUUAGUCAUCCCUGGGCUAACGGGGGUCACGUUACCCACACCAAUGGCCAUGUACCGAAAUCGAAGGAACCACGAUAUUUCUCAAGCGUCUUAUCCCAUCAUUCAAAGGAUUACCGACUAUAUCCAUCACUGACACAACGUCAAUUUCCGCGAGGCAUUGGAAAUAUGCCCCCGCGACGUCGCAAACUCCCUUUCCGCCUACGACUCCUACGACUCUACUACCGUAUCAUCCAUUUCAGAUCGCCUCUUAAGCUACGAGCGAGCAUUGUCAGGUUAAGACAUGACCAUCCCCGGCCGUGGCUCUGUCUUUUGCAACUUUUCAACCCCUUUCCUACAUGGUUAUAUCCAGUCUCCGACCCCGUUCCCUCCAAGCAGAUGUUGGGAAAUGUCUCCUUAAUGAUGGCCCGAAGAAACCAUAUUGUUACAUUCCGCAACAUUCCAGUUUGGCGUUCACGAGAUACCCCUUUGCGUUCUUUAUAUCGUCUUUAUGAAUCUAUGGCUUCGGGAGAGUAUGCCCCCAUGGGCCAGGAGACAGAGUACUUUUGGUACCAGAAUCGGAGUCGGUGGGAUUUGCAUAUAAUUGAGGACCCCAAGGACCCCGAUCCUAUUCGCUAUGCCAUUCUAGCAUGCCUCGCCGAAGAGCUAGUAAAUGCUUUUAAUUGGAGAUUGGGCUUGGGCAUGCGACGAGACCAUAAACAUGUUUUGCGGGAAGCUGAUGAGGACCCCUAUCCGGCUUAUGCGCCUGUAAUUGGGCCGUCUUGGACGAAAGAUGUCCCUCCUAUUUCCCGGGAGGAUUUAUGUGCCCUUCCCCAGGGGUUUGUGAACAGUGAGGGGAAAUUAGUCCUUGAGGAGAACGGGAAGAACGAAGUUUUCGCGCGGCGAAACAUUGUCACGAAUGUGGGCUGGUUGUAUACGAUUUAG